AUGUCCCCGGUGAGCCUAUUACUACUUCUUCUAUUCCCAUUGAGCACUUUUCAACAACGAGAAGAUUGCACAGUGCAGCCACCAUCUCCACGUCAUCCGAACAUUGUGAUUCUUAUGAUUGACGACUUGGGUUACGGUGACAUUGCGUCAUACGGUCACCCGACUCAAGAAUACACACAAGUCGAUCGGAUGGCAGCAGAAGGCACCCGGUUUACACAAGCAUAUUCAGCAGAUAGUAUGUGCUCACCUAGCAGAGCUGGAUUCAUUACUGGACGAUUACCUAUUCGAUUAGGUAUAGUUGGAGGACGGAGAGUUUUUGUUCCUUAUGAUAUUGGAGGCCUUCCAAAAAGUGAGACAACAAUGGCUGAAAUGCUUCAAGAAGCAGGAUAUGCAACUGGCAUGGUUGGAAAAUGGCAUCUUGGAAUUAAUGAAAACAAUGCAACUGAUGGUGCACAUUUGCCUUCAAAGCGAGGAUUUGAGUAUGUUGGAGUCAACUUGCCGUUUACCAACGUCUGGCAGUGCGAUACAACAAGAGAAUUUUACGACAAAGGACCUGAUCCAUCACUUUGUUUCCUCUAUGAUGGAGAUGAUAUCGUUCAACAACCAAUGAAAUUUGAGCAUAUGACAGAAAAUCUUGUUGGAGACUGGAAAAGGUUUUUGAUGACAAGGUUGGCACAAGAUCAACACGAGAGACCAUUCUUCUUCUAUUUCUCAUUUCCACAAGUCCACUCAACACAGUUUGCAAGCAAACGAUUUAGAGGAUCAUCGAAAGAAGCACUCCGUUCUGACGGAAUUGAUAUCUCUGACGAAUUGCGUGGUGAGAGUGAAGAUGUGGAAGGAAGCCUCGGAAAGGCUCGUCCGAUCAUCUACUACUGUAAUACUCAUCUGAUGGCUAUUAGGAUGGGAGACUACAAAGUUCACUACAAAACAUCUCCAAUCUUCUUUAAUAAUUCAGUUGAUCCAAAUCUUGAUUAUUUCUGUCCAAAUGGAAAACCAAAGUCUGAUUGGUACGUUUCACAAGUCUGUCCUGAUGAGCAUCUACAAAAACAUUAUCCUCCACUUGUUUUCGAUCUUAUUCGUGAUCCAUAUGAGCAGUAUCCAUUGCAAAAUACUGUAAAAUCACAAGAGAUAAGAUUCCAAGCUAUGCAGCGGCUGUCUGAACACAAAUCGUCGCUGGUCAAAGUUAAAAAUGUGCUCGGAAGCUACAAUAAAACAUUGAUACCUUGCUGCAAUCCGCCAAGUUGCAAAUGUGACAAAUUAUCAAGGCCCACAGAAUUUGACGAAAGUCGGCCAGAUUAUGUUGGUCUGGUGCCUGAUCUUGAAAAGACCGAAUACGAACUUCUUCACAGAUUCUUCUAAAUGUUUCCGAAUUUCUAAAAUUCCUUGAUCUCAUAACUUUUUACUUUGUUUAUUAUUAUUUAAAAUCUCCAAAUAUUCUAGUCUUCUUUUUGAUCUCUACUUUCUUUGUUUCCCAGUUCCAUCAUUUUUCUGAUUCUCCCGGCGACAUGACAUCACCACCGAUUCUUUUCUAAUUUGCAUGUUCUGUCUCUCUGUCUUAAUUUCUCCCUCUUUUUAACUAUUAAUUUAAUUUACAUCUAAUACAAUUAAAAUAAAAGAACGAAAAUAAAUAAAAGAGUUUGAAACCGU